CAGCUUCAGUUUAGUUGGGUUGUCAUUUGGGAGUUGCAACUCUCUCUCUCUCUCUCUCUCUCACUGUUCUUCUUUUCUUGAAUUGUACUCCAAACCUUUAAAACUACCCAGAACUCCUCCCAGGUCCAUGCCUUUGCCUCUUCUCCGGUCUGUCUUAGGUUUCAUUCCAACCUCACUGCAUUCUGAUCGAUACCAAUGGGUUCAGGAGACUGGUUUAGGUCAUUGAUUAGCAUAAAAAGAGUGAAGGAAGAUAGAUCAAAGCAAGCAAAGGUAGUACACUCAGCUACUGAUAAACCAAAUGGAUCGAAGUCGAAGGAUCAUUCUCAUAACGAGUCAAGUAGCUCCUCCAAUGAUCGUCCCAUUGAAAAUCGUCAUGAUGUUCCUCCAGUUCCAGUCGAAGAAGAUAAUGAUAUUGCUGCAACUCGGAUUCAAACUGCAUUUCGGGCAUAUAUGGUAAGAAAAAAGUUGUGCCAUCUGAAGAAAGGGACGGUGUGCCAUCUGACCAAAGGGACAGUGAGAUAUCAGAGCUUGAUUCAGGAUCAGACUGUCACGCAGCAAGCAUCAACUGCAUUGAGCCAUAUCCAUUUAUGGAGUAGGAUACAAGACCAAAUCAGAGCUCGCCGACUCCGAAUGGUAACAGAAGGCCGACUUAGGCAAAAGAAGUCGGAAAAUCAGUUGAAAUUUGAAGCUAAGCUUCAUGAGCUAGAGGUGGAGUGGUGCGGUGGCUCUGAAACCAUGGAGGAAAUCCUUUCCAGGAUCCGACAGAGAGAAGAAGCAGCAAUUAAGCGGGAGCGAGCCAUGGCAUAUGCCUUCUCUCAUCAGUGGAGGGCCAACUCUAGCCAAUAUCUUGGCCAGGCUUCCUACAGUCUUGGCAAAGAAAACUGGGGUUGGAGCUGGAUGGAACGCUGGAUAGCUGCUCGCCCUUGGGAGAUCCGGGUUCACUCAAAUUCUGCAGAUUCAAACAAAGCGCAGGCCAAGCAGGGCACACUAAACAAAGUGGCAAACGAGCCAGAGAAGAAAAUAUCAGUUUCAGUGAAACCGGCAUUAUCAAAUGAGAAAGGAACCACAAAAGCAAAAGACUUAGUGCAGCCAACCAACGAGAAAUAAGCUGUCUACGCUAAGAAUCAGCAUCUUUAUGUUGUCCUAAAACUGCUGUUAUCCAACUAAGAAUUUGCUUAUUGAUUGGUGUCACGAGGCACGGAUUGAUUGGGGUUCUAGUGUAUCUUGUGUUCUUAUUUAAACAAUUUGGAUUUAGUGUGAUUUUCUCCAGGAGUGUAAAAUAAGACAAAGACUUCAUACUCUGGAUUGUCAAAGGAUGUUAUUAUAACCCCUGUACAAUGUGUACAUAUUAUAUUAUGCAUUUGAAUAGCAACUAGAAUAUUGUUCCCUCCA